CAAAUUCGCAAGUCAGGAAGAGUUCAAGCAAUACAUCAUGCAACCAAAGCAUGGGUUAAUGCUCUUGAAACAUUUUGUGCUGAUGUUGGAUAUUCUGGAAAGAUUGAAGAUAUUAAUGACAAGAAUACUCUUGAAAAUCAAUUGUUCAAAUUUAUUCAUCUUAAUGAAAAAUCUAUAUUUUUAAAACCAAUUAAUCUUCUUAACCCAAAGGCGUUUUACUUAUUUAAUAAAACUUUAAAUGGAAAGUUAAAAUCUCUUGCUUCAAAAGGACUUGGAGAACAUAAUAAAGCUGAUAGUCUUACUUUACAUAAAGUUCAAGCAAUUCUUUCUCAUUCAAGUCUUCAGAAAUCUACUCCUAAAGGACUUUUAAAACAUACAUUUUUUUAUAAUUUUAUAUUUUUAGUACUUCAUGAAGAAAUAGAUGUUCAACUUUUUAAUUCUAAAACAAAUCAGUAUAGUUUGGAUAAUCCUAAAGCACAAGCAAAACUUCUUAGUCUUUCUAAUAUAAAAGAUAUUAUAGAUAAUUAUAAUUUUUAUAUUAUAAAAAGACCAUCAACAGCACUAAAUACAGGUUUAGAUUUGACAAGUCAACAGAUUAGUAAUCAUUCUGGACAUAAAACAUCUGUGCAAGUUCUUAAAGAAUUAGGAUAUAGUAAUGCAGUUGUAAUAUCUAUUACAUGA